CUAUAUAUACCCCUUCAGUAAGACCCUCAAAAACUCAUCAACGCAAGCCAAAAUCUUCAAACGUAUUGAGUGAUUAGUGUUCAAUCCGAUCAAUUAAGGUGAAAUGGACUUCCACAGCCUUUCAAGGAGAGAAUUGCAGGCUCUGUGCAAGAGAAAUAAGAUCCCAGCCAACACGUCGAAUGCUGCCAUGGCUGAUUCUCUCAAAGCUCUUGAGAUUGUUGAAGGGAUUGAUGAUGUAUUGCAGGCAUGUAAAUCUGAAAUAUCUCAGUCAUCAACUGAGCCACGGGCUCGGUUGGAAGUAACAUCUCCCUAUGUGCCUCCUAUUGGUGGCAGGAGUACAAGGCAGAAGGAUGUACUGUUGACCCCUGCUCAGUCAGGUGCUACUAGCCGGAGACGAAGAGCUGCAAAUGAAGUUUAUGGAACAAGGCGAUCUGCAAGGUUGGCAGAGAAGAGUGCCAAGUUAUUGAAAGGAGUUACCGAGUUUUCGAAGAAGGAUUUGUUUACUGGUGAUGGUCAUGACUUCCAGAUGAACUUAGAAGAGAGCCUGGAUGGUUCGGAUGAAAUGUCAGGAGUUACUGGCACGGAAGAGCCUCAGAGAAGAGAUGAAGGACAGGUAGAUUCAGGCGAUAAACAGGAUGUGUCUACUGAUGUAGAACUGGCGCCCACAACUGAAGAGGAGGUGAGGACUCACUUUGAAAAUUAUGGACCUCAAUUAAAGCUGAAGGAAGGUGUAGAUGCAAACACCUCAGUGGAGGUGAAUUCAGGUAAUAUAGAGCUGAAUGAGAGUAGGGGUGCAGAAAUUGAGCAAGUGGGAUCUGGUUCUGGGACUGAAGAAUUUGUCAACUUUGAUGAUACAAAAGCUUCUCAUGAUGAAACACGUUCACCAAUUAUGAACUAUGAAUCCCAAAAAACUGAUGUAUUGGAUGUCGUUGUUCAGACUGAGAAUAUAGAAGAGAAGACUGCUGAAGAUGCAGAGUUUGUAGAUGAAAAAGCUGUCAGUGAGAAUGAAGAUGAUCUUGCAAUUGUUGAAGUGUCUUCUGACACUGUUAGCCAAAGUGAUGACAAAGUAAAUGACGUGGACUCUAAACCUGAUGAAGUUGUAGCUUUUUAUGAGAAUGAGGAAGAAUUGGAGCUAAAUACUAGUUACUUUUCCAAUCCUGAUGAGUAUCUCAUAGAAGCAUCGAAGGAGAGUAAUGAUUCCUUGGCUUGCAUGCCUUCUGAAAUUAGUUUGAUGAGCAACGAAAAUGGUGCUUUCAACUGGGACGAUUACAAAACUUGCAAACAAGAUGUUGCAGCAGAGGAACCCGCGACAUAUGUAACAGCCAAACAAGAUGAUCCUCUUCCUAUCAGCCUGGAGAAUUGUCAAACUCAUCAACUAUUUGCUGUAGCCACCAACAACAUCGGAACUGCUUUUAUGGAGAAUGCCCCAAGCAAGGCAUCCGCGAGGAUGAGCAGAGUGACUGCUGAUACGGACAACAAAGAGAACAUAGGCAGUGUUAGAAAAGAGAGAUUGAAGAUCUGUAAGGACAUUGCUGAGACUGUCCACAUGCUGGAUGAUCCGACUCUGAUAACUCUGUCGAAGAGCGUGAAGGAGCUAGCGAUCACCCAAAAUUUGGACAAGAAUGAGGGUGAAAAUGGGGCAUCUGCAAGGACUGCUCUCCGAGCACUGCCGGACAAUUAGAAGGCGAAUCAACCCCUCAUAUUAUUGAGUUUUAUGGAUUUUGAUAUUGAUUAUAGAAUAAGGUUUCUUAGUUGUUCUGUUUUUGUCAUUACCUCUUUGGUAAUAAAGUUUAUUCCAACUGCUUAAUAUCCCUCUUCCUAUACGGUAUUGUUUGGGCAAGGCUCCAAGGGUUCGGUGUGCAUCAAUCACACCAAAUGUUUAGAUGCUUAAAUUUACAUAUAAUAAAUGGUAAUCGGCACAUUAUUAAAGC